AUGGUGGUCUCUCAGCCCGAAGUAGAUGUCGCUCGCGAAAAGGAGCGACUAGCAGAGGCCCAACCUACUCACGUCGGGUCUUCACACGAUGAGGCCGCACCACCCCCGACCAUCGGCAUGUCUGAGCACGACGAUGGCAGACGAGGAGGCAGAAGCCGGCAAGACCACUCCGGGAAGCGCGAAAAGGUUGUCAGGUUCGGCGACUACAUCCUCGGCAACACGAUUGGCGAGGGCGAGUUUGGCAAAGUCAAACUUGGUUGGAAGAAUGAUGGCGGUGUGCAAGUCGCCAUUAAGCUGAUCAAGCGAGAUAGUGUGGGCAACAACCCCUCUAGGUUGGCCAAGAUUUACCGUGAGAUCGCUAUCCUUCGAGGCAUUUCCCACCCCAACAUUGUUCGCCUGCAUGAAAUGGUCGAAACCGAAAGGCAUAUUGGAAUCAUUCUCGAGUACGCUUCGGGAGGAGAACUGUUCGACUACAUUUUGAACCACCGAUAUCUCAAGGACAACGCCGCGCGAAGACUCUUUGCCCAGCUUGUCUCCGGCGUCGGUUACUUGCACAAGAAGGGCAUCGUCCAUAGGGAUCUCAAGUUGGAAAACCUGCUUUUGGACCGGAACCGCAACAUCAUCAUUACCGACUUUGGCUUUGCCAACACAUUUGACGCUGAGGAAGAACUUUCCGAAGAGGAGGAGCUGAAUCUCGGCGACCGCGAGUUCGUCAAGAAGCUGGGUCUGGACAGGAUCAAGACCAAUGGCUCGAGGAAAGGCGACCUGAUGCAGACUAGCUGUGGCAGUCCUUGUUAUGCUGCUCCAGAACUUGUUGUCAGCGAUUCCCUGUACACCGGCCGCAAGGUCGAUGUAUGGAGCUGCGGUGUGAUUCUGUAUGCUAUGCUGGCUGGCUACCUCCCUUUCGACGAUGACCCGGCAAACCCAGAGGGCGACAACAUCAACCUACUGUACAAAUACAUUGUCAACACACCCCUGACCUUCCCCGAAUACGUAACUCCCCAUGCACGCGAUCUCCUCCGGAGAAUAUUGGUCCCCAACCCUAGGAAACGAGCGGAUCUGUUUGAGGUGGCACGUCACAGCUGGCUGAGCGAGUACGCUCAUGUCGUGGAGUUUAUUACUAGUAGCACCACGACGCCGAGUGAGAUCCAGCACACGACCGUACCUUCAGAGGACUUUGCGGAAGCACCCGGUAUUGGACGUAGCGCAUCGGUUCGCGAGGCGUCCAAGACGAAAGCCAGUGCCCCUACUUCGGUCGGAGGACUUGCGAGCAAGCAUGCCAAGAUUGAUACGGAUGCCGAGGCGGCCGCUAUUGCGAAGCAGCACAAGGACAACAAGCGUCGUACCGUGCAGGUCGAGUAUGUGGCCCCGACGACACAAACUCAAAGAGGAGAGGCCGCACCGCCAGUCAGCAAGUCGCGAGCGCGCUCGAACAGUCAAGGCCCAGUGGAGGUCGCGGAUGGCCACACAUCUCAGGAGAAGCCUCUUCCCAGAGACCCUCCCGUCUCGCGAGACUCGUACAGAGCUAGCCGGCAGAGCGCGCGCCCGCCAAGCUCCCAUCGCAACACCGCGGCGCCACCUUCCAGGCCCACACGCGACACCCGUGCGACAUCCGACAAUGCGUUUGCAUCCUCGACUCCAAGCGCGCCGGCGACCGGCAGACCUCAGACGGGGGGUUCGAUGGCAUCAGGUUCUAUGGGACUGGGAGCUGGAAGCCGUGCAUCAUACGGUCAACCGAUUCCCCCGGCCGUCGCAGGCACUAAUGCUCACGGAAGGAUCCAACAGCCCAGCUCCCAGGAGCCUCAGCCUAUGGGGCGGCCCAGUGUCAGCGUGCCCUCGAAGUUUGCCCAGGUUGCCGGAUUUACCCCAGAGCAGCAGGCCGCCCAGAGCCAAAGCCAGACCCAGACCCCGCCUCAGUCGAGCGACGGCAGGAGUCAUGGACACAAACGUUCCAACACUAUCGGCUCUCUGCUGGGUCGCAACGGGUCCAUUUUCGGGGGUAAGAACCGCAACAAACGACCCGAGUCUCAGAUCGCGGACAAGAGCCGUAAGUACCCUCCGGUCAGCAUGCCGAACAACUUGCCGGCUGAAGGUCAGCCCCGCCCUUCGAUAGACUCGAGGACGUCAAGACAAUCCUUCUCCCGGAGUUUCGGAAAGAAGAGAAGCGGCAGCAUUGCCGGUUCUCAGACUUCCCACGAAAAGCCAAACAGAAGGUUUUCAUUGAUCCCGCAGUCUUUCUCGUUGAGGGCCAUCGGCAUAGGCAGGGAUUACGAUCGGCCGCCGUCGGAGCCUCAGUCUCAGCCCGACCUGCCUAUCCAAGACCCCCCAGAGGUUGACGAGCAUGGACGAUACGUGGAUCAACGAGACCAGUCUCGGGAUUAUGAUGUUGGCCACGAUCAGGGUUACAGACAGCCUCCUGGGUCCAACUCGGCACCGCAACUCCAGCGCCAAGAUUGGCAGAAUCAGCAACAAGGCCACCACCAGCAGCAGCAGCACAUGGGCCCAAUUGGACAACCCAGCGCUGUGCCGGGCUACAUGCAACAGGGUGCUGUUCUCAACACCGGUUCGGAAUCGUCGUUCGAGAAUGUCCAACAACAGAGAAGGCAGUCGAGCGCACCGUACCAAGGUGGUGGGUUUUCCGAGUCCCAAGACUAUGACCGACAACAACAGUUCAACUCUUCCCGUGGGAAUGGCCGGUCCGGUGUCUUGCAGAAGAACACUAAGAGAUUCACGGACGCGGACUACGCCGGCCACCAGGGCAGCAGCGGGGCCGCCAAACGAGUCAUGGAUUUCUUCCGGAGGCGCGGCAAAGCGAGGGGCGGCGACGAGAGAUAG